AUGCGACUCGAUUAUGAGAGUAAGAAGGAGUUUUUGGUAAAGGUCAAAGUACUUCGCCGUGAUCAACAAGGUCGCUCAAUUAAUUCAGAAGAGAUUGAUAUUCACAUAAAUUUAAUCGAUGUCAACGAUGAACCUCCCGUCUUCACACCAUUUUGGCCCGAAUACCCGGAUUCUAUUGCAAAAGCUGUGCUCGCGGGAGAGUCUAAAACUCCACCUGGGACAAGAGUAUUUAAAGCCGAGGCUACGGAUGCUGAUGCGGGCUCAGUUUUGCAGUUUGGCUGGACACCUGGUGUAGAGAUUACAGCUGGCGAACGUUUCUACAUAUCCCCAACAUCAGGCGUCAUAACCACGGUAGGUGAGGAUGCCUUUCCAGUCAACCACGUCUAUCGACUCAGCAUCCGCGUUGUCGACUUGAACGCGGCUGUUCCGGCGACAAGCUUCGCCGACAUGGAACUCCUUGUCUACACUGCCUUCCAACCUGUGCUGUUUCCUGCGGACACGUUCCAGUUCAACGUCACCGAACAACUGCCUGCGCAAACCAGACUCGGUUACAUCCCCGCACGCUCCUUGAACUCAAUCAAUGACAUCAUCACCUUCAAAGUACUUCGCCGACCCGACCCCUCUAAACAACCAAUCAACAUCGUGGACGGAGGUGAUGGUUUAAUCACAACGCAAAAUUACUUCGACUAUGACACUAUCCUGGAUCACUCCACGACGUACCUCAUAGAGGGACGGGUCCAAAAUGGCUAUUCCGCUACUGCCUUGGCAAGUCUAGAUUCUCUAGAAUACAUGUCUUAG